AUGGCGGUCUUGUCUAAACCGGUCACAGAACCAAAACCCGGGUUUUCUCAAAUCCCAGUUAUAGAUAUCUCUGACCCCGAAUCCAAACACGCCCUCGUCAAAGCCUGUGAAGACUUUGGCUUCUUCAAGGUGAUCAACCAUGGCGUUUCCUCGGAGCUAGUCUCUGUUCUGGAACACGAGGCCGUCGACUUCUUCUCAUUGCCCAAGUCAGAGAAAACCCAACUCGCAGGUUAUCCAUUUGGAUACGGGAACAGUAAGAUUGGUCGGAAUGGUGACGUUGGUUGGGUUGAGUACUUGUUGAUGAAUGCUAAUCUCGCUUCCGGCUCCGAUCCAUUCCUUCCGGGUCUCUUGAAAAACCCGGAAACUUUCAGAAACGCAUUGGAAGAGUACACAAGAUCAGUAAGAAAAAUGACAUGCGAUGUGUUGGAGAUGAUUACUGAUGGGUUAAAGAUCAAGCCGAGGAACACACUUAGCAAGCUUGUCUCUGAUCAAAACGCUGAUUCGAUAUUCAGGCUUAAUCAUUAUCCUCCAUGCCCUCUUAUCAACAAGAAUGUGAUUGGUUUUGGCGAACACACUGAUCCUCAAAUCAUCUCCGUCUUAAGAUCUAACAACACUUCUGGUCUCCAAAUCAAUCUAACUGACGGCUCCUGGAUCUCUGUUCCUUCCGAUCACUCCUCCUUCUUCUUCAACGUCGGAGACUCUCUCCAGGUGAUGACAAAUGGGAGGUUCAAGAGCGUGAGGCAUAGGGUUGUAGCAAACAGCAAGAAAUCUAGGGUUUCUAUGAUUUACUUUGCUGGACCUUCGUUGACUCAGAGAAUCGCUCCGUUGACUUGUCUUGUAGACAAUGAAGACGAGAGACUGUACGAAGAGUUCACUUGGUCUGAGUAUAGAAACUCUGCCUACAAGUCUAGAUUGUCUGAUAACAGACUUCAACCAUUCGAAAGAAAAACUAUAAAAUAA